UUUUUUUUUUUUUAUCAAAACGGGCUAACUUUGUUUCUAAACUGCGUUUUCCGCCAUCCUUGCCAGAAUGUUAGCUCAGUUUUGGACCAGAACUCCUUUGUUGUUCAGACUGGCUUUGGGUCUGAGGGGAGGAGCAGGGAGGAGACUCCGCAGCCUGCGGGGAGCUGCAGAUCUCCUCCUGCACAGCUUUGACGCACAGCGCACAGAUGGAGCGGGUUUUCCUCCUCUUCAUCCUCCUGGUCGGAACCGCGGUACCGUCCGCCGCAGAGUGGAAGCUGGUUCUGCUCCACACCAACGACGUGCACGCCCGGGUAGAGGAGACCAGCGUGUUCUCCGCUAAAUGCAGCCGCCAGGGGAAUUGCUUCGGCGGCGUGGCGCGCAGAGCCACCGCGAUCCAAAGGAUCCGGAACCAGGAGAGCAACGUGCUGCUGCUGGACGCCGGGGACCAGUUCCAGGGGACCGUCUGGUUCAACUACUACAACGGAGCGGAGGCGGCCCACUUCAUGAACAGGCUGGGAUAUGAUGCCAUGGUCUUUGGAAACCACGAGUUUGACAACGGCGUGGAGGGACUCAUGAAGCCGUUCCUGCAGAACAUCAACUGCUCCAUCCUCAGCGCCAACAUCCAACCCGACAGCACCCUGGCCUCCACCUUCGGCAUCACCUACUCGCCCUACAAGAUCUUUGAGGUGGGAGGUCAGCGGGUCGGCGUGGUGGGCUACACGUCCCGGGAAACCAAGGCGCUGUCCAAACCCGGACCUCACCUGGACUUCCUGGACGAGGUGAGCUCCCUGCAGCCGGUGGUGGACAAACUCACGGCGCUCGGUGUCGAUAAGAUCAUCGCUCUGGGUCACUCCGGCUUCACCGUGGACCGGCUCAUCGCCAAGAAGGUGCGCGGCGUGGACGUGGUCAUCGGCGGACACACCAACACCUUCCUGUACACAGGAACGCCUCCCUCCGUGGAGACCAAGGCUGGAGAUUAUCCGUACUUGGAGUUCAGCGAGGACGGGCGCAGCGUUCCUGUGGUCCAGGCAUACGCCUUUGGAAAAUAUCUGGGCCACCUGACCGUGACCUUUGAUGACAAGGGGAAUGUGGUGAAAUAUUCUGGAAACCCGAUCCUGCUGGACAGCAGCAUCCCACAAGAUCCAAAGAUCUUGGCUGAGGUGGAGAGCUGGAAGAAGAACCUGGCCAACUACACGGCCAAGGUGGUGGGCAGGACUCUGGUCUUCCUGAACGGCUCCAACAUGGCGUGCCGCUCCCAGGAAUGUAACCUGGGCAACCUGAUCUGCGACGCCAUGCUGGAUAACUACAUCAGGUUCUUCGACGACCAGCAGUGGAACCACGUCAGCGCCUGCAUCUUUAACGGCGGUGGCAUUCGGGGCUCCAUCGACGAGCGCACCUACAACGGUUCCAUCACCAUGGAGGACCUGCUGUCUGUGCUGCCGUUUGGAGGAACCUUUGACCUGGUGCAGCUGAACGGCUCCACGCUGAGGAAGGCCUUCGAGCACGCCGUCAGGAAAUACGGAAGCAACGCUGGAGAGUUCCUGCAGGUCUCAGGACUCCGUGUGGAGUUUGACGUCUCCAAACCUGCAGGACGGCGCGUGAGAAGCCUCAGCAUCCUCUGCACCAGCUGCCGGGUUCCUCGGUACGAGCCGGUCCUGGACGCGGCGCUCUACACGGUGACGCUGCCGUCCUACCUGGUGACUGGCGGAGACGGGUUCGACGUCAUCAAAAACGGGUUCAAGAAGCACAACAGCGGGGAUCUGGACAUUUCGGUGGUGGCGGACUACAUCACACAGAGAGGGCGGAUUUAUCCGGCGGUGGAGGGACGCAUCAAGAUCUACAACUCAGCCUCUGGACUGCGGGCCUCGCUGUCCUCGCUGGUUCUGCUGGUUCCACUGUGGCUGCUCUGGAGCUGGUGAAGAACCAGCUAAAGCUCGGAUCAGAACCAGAACAGGACACUCAUGCAUCUGGGUUCUCAAUGUUUCUGCUUUUAUAAACUCCAUGUGGACUUUAGCUAGAACUGAUCCUGCAGGACUGAGGAGGUUUUUUAUGUCCAGUCUCCUAAAUGCUGAGCAAAGCCCAACGAUGCACUUCCUUUAAUGGCCACUAGGGGCGCCUUCAGGGACACCGUCAUCGAUUGAUGCUUUAAUUUACCACUAAAUCCCACUGAGCUCUAUUUAUUCCCUGGAUGCUGAU